AUGUUCCUCUUCAAAAAGAAGGACAAUCGGAAAGCCGGCAUCCCGACCAAGGGUUCCGCCAAACCCGUUCCUCCUCCAAAAGCAAAAUCCCACUCGGACCCCCAGGAUAUCCCCAAAACCGGAAGAGACUUCCUCAAGGAGAGCCAAAAUAAAGAUCUCCCUCGAGAGCCCCGGUCUCCCAGAGACCCUGCUUCUCCAUUGAGACCUCCUCGUCUCAACACAACCAACAUCAACAACCUGGCAGGGACCACGCCACCAGGACAUGGGAACAACCCGCUUUCCGCUCCUUCCUCCCCAAUUAGUCGACGCCUGGGCUCCGAAAGGCUCGCCCCGGCCUCUUACUUGAGACACUCGAGAGUGCUUUCCAUGUCCAGCAACACCAACCUGGCUCUCGAUGCCGACCUGCUCCGGCCUCUGAGAUCGCUCCGCCGUCGUAUGAAGACCAUUCUGAGCGACCUUCCUCCCGAAUUGCUGCCUGUAGUCAAUUUGAUCAACGCACAGCGCUUGCGUACAUACAUUAGCGGUUCCUUGUGGCUCAAAGAGCAGGGCUCCUCUGAGUGGCAGCCUGCCGAGGCUACCUUGACCGGAACCGAAUUGGCCUUGUACAUUGACGGCUCCAGCAACCCACGAUACAUCAACAUCCAGGAUUGCAGUGUUUUGGUGGGAAACAACGUCGACUCGUACUCGUACGACUUGACCAUCUUGCAAGACUUCGACAACCACCAGAAGGUGCUCCGCUUCGACGUCCAGCAGGAUCUUCUCAAUUGGCUCGCCGCGUUGCACUUGGCCAAGUACGAGCAAACAUCCUUGAAUGAGGCUUUCACUGCAGUGAUACUCUCAUUGAAGGGUCCAGAGCUCCUGGACAUCUUCACGCUUUUGGCCCACAAAAAGCGUUUUGCCCGUUUUGAAUGGUGCAAUUUGCGUUUGCCCCAGGUUUCCUCAAAGUGGAUCAAGACCUACAUGGCCAUCAUCCCCGGCGACGGCAAGAAGAAGGGCCGGGUGGAAAUCUACACAAAUGACAAAAUCAACAAGAAAUCGUUGAUCAUGUACGUCAACGAUGCCGAUGCCGUCUACAACGUCUACCCUGAGGACCACCGCAUGAUCGACAGCAACGGAAUCAUGAAAUUGGAGGGCCAGGUGUUUGUCAAUAAGGACUACGAGCACUUGUUCUCUGGAGCUUCUUUGUCCGGUGCAAACACCCCAGUUGGAUCUAAACUUGGUUCAAGAACGGGCUCCAACACAUCGCUCAGCUCCCUUGCAGCUCCAGCCCCUGUGCAGCUGGGCAACCGUUCCAGAAGUACGUCGGUGAACUCUUCUCACUCGUUCUUCAUGAACUCGCCCACACCCAACAAAACUAACAAGGAGCAGCUUACUCCAGGCUCGCCUCCACGCAAUACUUUUUCUCAUUUCUACAAGAAGCAGAGUGUGAACAAGUUUGUCUGCACGAACUACAUCUACUUGAUGCCCAUCCCACACCCGGGUGUCUCUGCAAUUGAGAUCAUGAUCAGAAACUUUGUUCACAUCGUUGAUGCAUUCAAAUUGUACGGUCGUCCAAGCCAUUUGAACAGCGAUAAGAAAAAUACCAUCUCCAUGCUCUUCGGCUUGCCCUCAUUACCACACUACGGGUACUUGGCCACCGAAGACGCCUUUGAUCUUGUUGAGGCAAACUUCGAUACUGCUCGGAUCCAGAACUGGACCGAAUUGGAGUGGCGCAAUUGUCUCAAGGAGUACUUGCUGUGCAAGCAGGCUGACGGGCCCUACAAGGGGUUCGGCAAUAUCGCCGAUCUUUACGAUGCCAUGGAAGGUGAGCUGCCUACGAGUGAGAUCGACUCCCAAUUCGGUGGUAUGUUGUCGCCUAAAAUCACCUUCCCACAUGGCGCUUCCCGUGUUGCCAGUCCACCACCUGUCAACUCCCGUCUUUCUCAGAGUUUCCUGAACGACCAGUUUGGUGGUGAGAUUGGCCAUUUACUGUUGAACGACACCCAGAAUCAAAAUAGCGGCAUUGCGCCUGCGCUUAAGCUUAACGAUAACAAGUUUUUGGGCGGGCCUUUCGAAUAUAAAGAUGGAGACCCAAACCCCCGGUCCCAGGAUGAGAUGCUUCGGUCGCUUGAGCCCAUUGUGGAUUUGCCCACGCCGAUGGACGACAAGCAUGCGGUGAGCAACUACUUUGGCGGGAAGGAUGGCAAACUCGUGAGUUCAUGA